CCGGGCUUCCGCGGCGCUGCUCUGCGACUCGCCGUCCCCGCCAGGCUUCCCCGUCCAGCCCGGUGUCCGCGUGCGCGUCUGGGCAGCGCGGAGCUUGCUGCCAUGAUGAAGCCAGCGAGGACUAAAACACCCAGGAAACCUGUAGGGAAGAAAGGAUCCCAAACGAGUCUUAAAGACCCAGUUGGGGUAUAUUGUAGGGUGCGCCCACUGAGCUUUCCUGAUCAAGAAUGCUGCAUAGAAGUGAUCAAUAACACAACCGUUCAGCUUCAUACUCCUGAGGGGUACAGACUCAACCGAAAUGGAGACUAUAAGGAGACUCAGUAUUCAUUUAAACAAGUAUUUGGCAUUCAUACCACCCAGAAGGAGCUCUUUGAUGUUGUGGCUAAUCCCUUGGUAGAUGACCUCAUUCAUGGCAAAAAUGGUCUCCUUUUCACAUAUGGUGUGACGGGAAGUGGGAAGACUCACACCAUGACUGGUUCCCCAGGGGAAGGAGGGCUACUUCCUCGUUGUCUGGACAUGAUCUUUAACAGUGUAGGGUCCUUUCAGGCUAAAAGAUAUGUUUUUAAAUCUAAUGAUAGGAAUAGCAUGGAUAUACAGUGUGAAGUUGAUGCCUUAUUAGAACGGCAGAAAAGAGAGGCCAUACCCAACCCAAAGACCCCUUCUAGCAAAAGACAAAUAGAUCCAGAGUUCGCAGAUAUGAUAAACGUUCAAGAAUUUUGCAAAGCAGAAGAAGUUGAUGAGGAUAGUGUCUAUGGCGUAUUUGUCUCUUAUAUUGAAAUAUAUAAUAAUUACAUAUAUGAUCUACUGGAAGAGGUGCCGUUUGAUCCCAUAAAACCUAAGUGGAACAGUUGCGGCACACCCAUGAGGAACACAGACUUUGUACCUCUACAAUCUAAAUUGCUUCGUGAAGACAAGAAUCAUAAUAUGUAUGUUGCAGGAUGUACAGAAGUAGAAGUAAAAUCUACUGAAGAGGCUUUUGAAGUUUUCUGGAAAGGCCAGAAAAAGAGACGUAUUGCUAACACACAUUUGAAUCGUGAGUCCAGCCGUUCCCAUAGUGUAUUCAAUAUUAAAUUAGUUCAAGCUCCACUGGAUGCAGAUGGAGACAAUGUCUUACAGGGGUAUUUAAGCUGCCUCCAGAGCCUUAGUGUCUUCGGCCGUCAGAAGGAAAAAGAACAAAUCACUAUAAGCCAGUUGUCCUUGGUGGAUCUUGCUGGAAGUGAAAGAACUAACCGGACAAAAGCAGAAGGGAACCGAUUACGUGAAGCUGGUAACAUUAACCAAUCACUAAUGACGCUAAGAACAUGUAUGGAAGUCCUGAGAGAGAACCAAAUGUAUGGAACUAACAAGAUGGUUCCAUAUCGAGAUUCAAAGUUAACCCAUCUGUUCAAGAACUAUUUUGAUGGGGAAGGAAAAGUACGCAUGAUCGUGUGUGUGAAUCCAAAGGCUGAAGAUUAUGAAGAAAGCUUGCAAGUCAUGAGAUUUGCAGAAGUGACCCAGGAAGUUGAAGUAGCAAGACCAGUAGACAAGGCAAUAUGUGGUUUAACACCUGGACGGCGAUACAGGAACCACGUUCGGGCAGGUCCAGUUGGAGAUGAACUGUUGGUUACAGAAGUGGUCUUACAGAGUUUUCCACCCUUGCCGUCCUGCGAGAUUUUGGAUAUCAAUGAUGAGCAGACUCUCCCCAGGCUUAUUGAAACAUUAGAGAAACGCCAUCAGCUACGACAAAUGAUGAUGGAUGAGUUCACCAAACAAUCUCUUACUUUUAAAGGUAUGUUGCAAGAAUUUGACAAGGGUGUUUCAAAUAAAGAAAACUCCAUUCAAGGAAAACUGAAUGAAAAAGAAAAGGUGAUCUCAGGACAAAAAUUGGAAAUAGAACGACUGGAGAAAAAAACCAAAACUUUAGAAUAUAAGAUUGAAAUUUUAGAGAAAACAACUACUAUCUAUGAAGAAGAUAAGCGCAAUCUGCAACAGGAACUUGAGGCCCAGAAUCAGAAACUUCAGCAACAGUUUUCUGACAAACGCAGACUAGAAGCCAGGUUGCAAGGCAUGGUGACGGAAACAACAAUGAAGUGGGAGAAAGAAUGCGAGCGUCGAGUAGCAGCUAAACAACUGGAGAUGCAAAAUAAGCUCUGGGUGAAAGAUGAGAAACUGAAACAACUGAAGGCUAUUGUUACUGAACCCAAAACUGAAAAGCCAGAGAGACCCUCUCGGGAGCGGGAUCGAGAAAAAGCUGCUCCAAGAUCUGUUUCUCCAUCGCCAGUACCUCUUUCUGGUAACUCUAUUGCUCAGAUUUCCAACGGCCAGCAACUCAUGAGCCAGCCACAUCUACAUAGGCGCUCUAACUCUUGCAGCAGCAUCUCUGUAGCUUCCUGUAUUUCGGAAUGGGAGCAGAAAAUUCCUUCGUACAACACACCUCCCAAUGUCACAUCCAUUGCAAGGCGUAGGCAGCAGGAGCCAGGACAAAGUAAAACUUGUAUCGUGUCAGACAGAAGGCGAGGGAUGUACUGGACUGAAGGCAGGGAGUUGGUUCCUACAUUCAGAAAUGAGAUAGAAGUAGAAGAGGAUCAAUGCUACAGGAACGCACCACCACUUCGUCUCCGACACAGACGAUCACGCUCUGCAGGAGACAGAUGGGUAGAUCAUAAGCCUGCCUCUAACGUGCAAACUGCAACAGUCAUGCAGCCACAUGUCCCUCAUGCCAUCACAGUGUCUGUUGCAAAUGAAAAGGCACUAGCUAAGUGUGAGAAGUACAUGCUGACCCACCAAGAACUAGCCUCCGAUGGGGAGAUUGAAACUAAACUAAUUAAGGGUGAUGUUUAUAAAACAAGGGGUGGUGGACAAGCUGUUCAGUUUACUGAUAUUGAGACUUUGAAACAAGAAUCACCGACUGGUCGAAAACGAAGAUCUUCCACAGUAGCACCUGCCCAACCAGAUGGUGCAGAGUCUGAAUGGACCGAUGUAGAAACCAGGUGCUCUGUGGCUGUAGAGAUGAGAGCAGGGUCUCAGCUGGGACCUGGAUAUCAGCAUCAUGCACAACCCAAGCGCAAGAAGCCAUGAACUAACGUCUCGGUAACGAAAGAACAUUUUCAUUGUGUUGGUGAUUUUUCCAAAACCAUGCUGGGAGAAGUCCAGCUUUGUUGACUCUCACAGACCUCAGAUACAUUAUGCACUGGCCUAGAUCAAAGAUUUCCCAAAGACAUCUAGGAUUCAACAAACUUUUUAUAUAAUACGCCUUGCCAUAUUUAAUAUUAACAGCAAAGAGAGACCCUCUUUUCUCAUUGCCGUAUGGACCUUUUUAAUAAUGAUAUUUUUUUGUAUAUUUCUUGUAUACUCAUAAACUAAUCCGUGCAAGUGUUUGUCUUGAGUGAUUAAGGAAGAAGAUAUAUAGAUCACACUUUCUUUUAUAUUGUGACUUUUCCAGCUCUUGCCUGAAUAUUUCUUAAGGUUUUAUAAACAAAACAAAUGCUGCUACUGAUUAGCUGCAAAAAUGCACUUUAGACAUGUUGGACAAUUCAAACUUUCAAAAUAAAGAUAUCAGUGACUGGC